UUUCGUGCAGAAAUUGUUGCUGGCAUUGAUAAGAAAUGUUUCCACUAAAUACGAAACAAUUUUCUGCUGCAUUCCUGGAUGUAAAGCGUAAUAGUCAAGGUUAUAACGAGGAGGUCAGUUCAGUCGACAGGGAUGCAACCAAGAAACUACUGCGGCCCUUCCAUAUUCCCCAAAUCGGGCCUUCUUCUAUUCCACAAUGUCAUCAUCUUGGGACCAUGAUGUGGAAUUUCAUGUGGAAUUGUGCGAGAAGAGAAUGUUAUCCACCCGCUCAUCAUUUGGAAUCAAGAGAAGACUCACGAAUGGAAUCGCGAAGAGCACCUGAACAAUCAUGUUCUUCAGUUCUUCCGGAAUUUGAAUUACAUCGCGUAACUUCAAAACAUAAAGCACGAGAAGCAAACGAGCGACAGAGUGCGGAAAAUAUUGAACUUUCAAGACUAGUUAAAACACAAUCUUUAAACAAGACCUCUUCUACAAGAAGUACUGAUUCUUCUCGAAACAAUGUUUGUUGUGUGGAAGCAGAACCACAAAACAGAGGUAUCCUCCAGCAAUUUAGCUGUGAAGAAGCAAAUGUUUCCAAUGAGACUUUUGUUAAUAGCAAAUUAAGUAAAUCGAUAAGAGCAUCCCACUGGGAUAGUGACAUGAAAUCUUCAGAGUCUGAACAUUGUAUUGUCUCAGAUUAUUUUGACAGAGAAUCAAAGUUAAGUCCAACUUGCAAUGUACUAAGUGAGUUGGAAACCAAGGUGGAUGUUAAUGGUAUAUAUGGCAGAGAAAGUUUGCAAAGCGAUUUAGUCUGUAAUGGCGAUUGGUGGCUAAACAGUGACAAUAUUUCAAACCUCAAGGAUUCGACUGCACCUCUCAUUCCUCAUGCAUAUAGCAUUGAGGAGGGUGAUUUUGUUGGCAAAAAGAAAUUUUUAGAGAGAUUGCUUGAGACAAAGCUGCAAAUAAAGCCUUUGACUCUGGUUAAGGAUGGCAUUUACAGCCAAAGGCCAGUUUCAAAUACUUUUACCCUAAAUCUGAACUUGGAGACAGUGAUGUCCGUUCUCUGCACUGAUGAGGAACAUUCAAAAAAUGCUGAACACAGUGAUAUUGAUCUAUGUGGGAAGAUUUCCAUUCUGUAUGGCAUCCAGGAUACAAUAGUGUCAGUGGUUGCUAGUGAGGUGGUAGGAAUGUAUGAUUAUAUCUCAGGAGCUGUGUAUGGAUUGAAGGGAUGCUGUCAUGAUGAAUCUGAAUAUCAGUUAAAGGACAAGAAGUACCCCCUUUCAUCAAGUGCAGUGAGUUUGGACCUUAAGGAAUUCAUAGUUCAUUUUCAACAAGAACUGACAAUGUCAUCUCACAACGUUGACAAUGACAAUGUGUUAAAGGAGCACUCUCCUGUUGCCUGGUUACUGAUCUCACCAGCUCUUGGAGUGACCCUUGACUGGCAAGUACAAGAGAAAGUCCUUGAAUUUAUAGAAACUUUGUCAUCAGAGGAAUUUGCUGACAAGCAAGCAUCUGACAGUUACAACGAAGGAUGUUUUUCAAGCCAGUGGUACAAUCUGUUGGUAGUUGUUGACCAAUAUCGUUGUUGUGAGAAGAAUAUUCCACUGAUUGAGGUAUUUGAGUUUUGCAGGAAUGGUGAAAUUAAUGUUGUAAACUUUGACUUAACUUAAACGAUUAGUUCAUGUGAAACAAGCCUGACUGAAGAAUGGAACAAUUGAAGUAUUGCUGGUAAUGCUGUGUUUUAAUACAUGUAUGUCAUCAUGUAAACUAUUGGUUAUAUUAAUCUGCAAGUUUUUGUUUUACAGUACAUUGUAUGAGCUCUCUCAUGUAGCAAAAGUUUAACAUUUGUUUGUAGCCACUCUUAUAUUUUUGCAAGAUUUUCAACUGGUAUAAAGAGAUUAAACUUCCUUCAGGAAGUGUUCAAAGAUGAACUUUAACCUUUAACCCCUAAGAUUGACUGACUUCUAAUUUCUCCUUACAGUAUCAACCUUGAUUCAAAUGUAAAGGUUAUCAGAAUGUAGGAAAUAAUCACCAAUUUAAGUAGUUCCUGAUUGUCAAACAAAUUCUCCUUGUCAGUACCAAAUGUAAGGGCAACAGUGUGGAGAAUAUUGACACUAGUUAGAAUGUACAGGGUAAGGAACUCGAGAUGAGAAUUAAGCUCUUUUAAUUUUUCUCAACUUGGCCAAUCAAUUACUCAGCUGAAAAAUUUUGAAGUGAAGGAGAAAAAAAAAAGGCGAGGUUACAGUUGUAUUUAUUAGUUCCAUAACAAGAAGUGCCAUUUGCCAAAUUUAAAGCAAGAUCAACAUUGUUAGGCACAGCUUAAGUAGACACCCCAAUAGAUUUCCAUUCAUCAAAUAGUUCCGGUUGCAACAUUAUGCAAUUUUUUUUGUUCGUAUUAAAAU